AUGUUCCAGAAAGUGGAACUGACAGGAGCAAAGAGGAAAGCAGCUAUUAAAACCUUUGCUGAAAGGGCUGAGAGAGCAUCAUGCUGGCUAUGGUGUAGACGAGAUGAGCCAAACUGGAGCCCAGACAACAGCGGGGCGUGUACUUUCCCUUCUGAGGUAGAUGGUGCUUGGUAUAGCGCCCACAAAGGCCUUCUUACCUUCAACUCAACAACACUGUUUGGCUAUCCUAUCGCCAUGUCAGCAUUGGUUACCUCCCUUGAUUUCACAUGUGAAGAGCAGAGUGGCUAUAAAUACUUCCUCAGGGCGACAGAAACAGCGUUCAUUUUUAGAGACGACUACAGGGGAUACCUGUGCAUAGAACUACGGAGAGUGUCCCAGUACAAAUAUUACUACUACAUGGGGACAAAAUUAAGUUCUACCAACAACGACAAUAUAUACGCAAGGGUGGACGGUUUGACCGUGGCCAUGGCGGAUGCCUGUAACGAGCCCGAACCUUACCACGAUGGAGCCUUCAUCACGCUUAUCAAAAACGGGUCCCUAGAAUCCGGACACGCUGAGGCCACUUGUCCAGAGCAAUUUCUAGCUAAAUACGAAAAUGUUACAAUAUCAAAUGCCGAUGGAAGUACGGCAUGCACCGGAAGCACGUUUGACGCCUGUACUGACAAAACAAUUAUGAACCACACACAUGCCUCGUGUACGUCAGGUCUUGUAUUCUCAAGUGGUGGUGCCUUGACUUGUCUACAUUCUAUCAUCAAUGACAAUUUUACUUAUCUCUCCGUGUGGAACAAUGACGUCACAGUGGACGGCUCGACCACCUACAGAUUUAGCUGCUUUGUAAUUUCCCAGACGGGUGAUGUAACAUACGCUACAGAGGUCCCUAACUAUUGCACAGAUUCCAGCCAGACCUCUACGUCUGUCACCAGUCCAGGAAUCGCUUAUGUCUACUCCGCUAGAACAGAAACCUGUGUUGCAACAUCUGCCUUACCUGAGUACACGACGUACAUAAUUGUCAUCAUUGCUGGUUUUCUGGGACUUAUUGUACUUAUCAUUGUAAUGGUAAUAUGUAUAAAGAAGAGAAAGAAAUUGAAAGAGUUUUGUAAGAGAUGCUGCAGAAAUAAGAAGGAAAAACGAAAAAGCUCUGGCACAAGUUGUCAUUCUCAGAAAGGACUGACGCCAUUAGAUGCAAAACGACGAGAAUGGCGUAUGAAUAAGAUAAGUUUGAACAUGAUACAGCCUGUAGGAAAAGUGGAAUUACUAUAUCAUAAAAGUCCAUCCAUGAAGGCCAACCUCUCCAGACGAUCCUCUUUGAGUAGCAUUGCUAGUUUCGGCAGCAUGUUUAGCCUGAACUUUAAAUCCUGA